UCUGCCCUAGAUUCUGGUGCAGGUUGGCUCACCAGCAGCUGUGUGGUUUCGUUGAAUAUUUCACUUGCUGUUGGACAUCCAAAAUAUAUAGACAAGAGCUAUUCUCAUAGCUAAACACUUAAUUUUUGGACGUGAAAUACCACAUGCCUUUGGAUAGGCCUGCUAUGUCGAGCAGUCUUAAAUAAUAUCAACUCAAUUUAAAGGAUUUAUACGUGAAUCAUCUUCUGCGGGUUGUUUUGUCGGUAGCCCCUACAGGACACUGAAAUGUCGACCGAGACAAAAAGUGCACCCGAAGAAAACCUUCAGGGUUCCUGGGUGGAGCUGCAUUUUAAUAAUGGAGGCAGCAACACGCCUAAAGGAGCUGCAGAGGAACAAUCUGCCAGCACUGCUCCUAGUGGAGACCUGGAGAAAAUGCUGCUGGAUGCUCAGCACGAGUCAGGCAGGAGCAGCUCCAGGGGCAGCUUACCAUGUGACAGUCCUCCAAGAUCUCAGACUCCUUUGCAUCUGCGCAGGGGCUCAGAAGUCCACAGCUCUGGAGAAAAAAACAGCUCACAGUCAGAGGAAGACUAUCUGGAGCGCAGAAGAGAGGUGGAGAUUCUGAUGAAGAAAAACGCAGACUGGAUAUGGGAUUGGUCAAGUCGUCCCGAAAACCUGCAGCCUAAGGAGUUUUUGCUGAAGCACCCGAAGCGCUCCAGCACCCUUAGCAUAAGGAACACUAGUAUGAUGAAGAAGGGAGGUAUCUUCUCGGCAGAAUUCCUCAAAGUUUUCCUGCCCUCUCUGGUCCUUUCACACAUCCUUGCUGUGGGUCUUGGGGUGUACAUUGGAAGGCGUUUAACUACCUCUGGCACAUUUUAAGGGAACACUAAAGGAAAAAGCACACAAGAAAAAUCUCAUAUCCGCACAUUCACCAUCUCAGCUGCUUUGUCUUGAAUAGGUGCUUGUGUAGAUAGGACGAGGUCACAUGACACACUUCCUCUCCCUGGUUGUGGGCCACUCUGUCUCGCUUCCCCCUAGUGUAUUCCACUAGCCUUUCCCAUUGUUCCUCUGCGGCACAUACUGAUGCCAGUCCAUUACAGGGCCGUCGCUGCUGGGGAAGGUCAUGUUAGGCUCAUAGGCAGAUAGUUAGAUGUUCUGCAUCCUCAUAAUUUUUGUAUUUUCUUGAACUAAGACUACUUACAAUAUUGAGAGGAUCAUAAAUAGGGGAAUAAAGAGAAUUCUGAAAGGGUUUAAUGGAAACAAGUGAUCACAAGAUGCUGGAUUCGGAGCACUCUAUUGAUGUGGUACCUGAAAUUAAGGCUUUGUUCACACUGCACAUAAAUACGAUUUCUUUUUCGAAGUCAUUUCCUUUUUUUUUCAAUAUCUAUUGUAUCUACAGUACAUCAGAUUAAGAGAUGGAAUGGAUGGAAAACUGGAAAUUUUGUCCCUGCUCAGGUCUUUCAUACCUCAUGGUUCAAGAGACAUAAAUGGCUCGUUCACUCAUUCAUUACAUGUCACAACAGUUUGCUGUAGGAGGAAAGAGUGAGCAAAAACGUGUGUAUUUGGGGCACAGCUACAGACGAUAUUGCAAAUUGUUUUAUGACGUUACAUCUGCAUUUCAUCCCAAAUUAUGAAAAAAAAAAAUAUAAUAAUUUAAACCAAUUUGACCGUUCAGACGAAGAUACAAUCCUGAUUUUAAUCAAUAUUUCAAACCACAUAUGGAUGUACUUCGAAGUAUCUUAGUAGUUUUGGACUACAAAAAACUGAAUGGAUUAUAAUCCAAAAACAAAUCCAGAUUUUUUGUUGCAUGUCUGAACAAAGCAUGUGACUGUGAAUUGGGAAGAGAUUUUCCCCUUUCUGGACCAUAUCAAAACAGGGAUCAUAUCAAACAUUAAACUAAACAGUGCGCACAUACACAUAUGUAUAUAUAUUAUCUUUCUCUGUGCUUUGAGGCUGUUUCUGCAUUUAUAAUGUUUUGAACACCAAAAUGCCUGUUUGCUUUGGGAAUCUGGCAGUUUACGGAGUAUACAUCUACACUGCCUGGCCAAAAAACAAAGAGUCACAUACUCAAAUAUUUCAUUGGCUUAUAGCUUUGAUUAGUGUGUGUGCAUUCGACGUGCCAUUGUUUCGACAACCUUAUGCGACAUCAGAACAUUUAUUUCAGUCCAGAGAUGCUUACAUUUUUGGCCGAGAUCUUGUAUUGAUGAAGGGAGAGUUGAACCACUCCGUAGGGUCUUCUCCAGCACAUCCCAAAGACUUUCAAGGUCAGGGUUAAGGUCAGGACUCUGUGGUGGUCAAUUCAUGUGUGAAAAUUAUUGUUCAUGCUCCCUGAACCACUCUUUCACAAUUUGAGCACGAUGAAUAUUGGCAUUGUCAUCCUGGAAUAUGCCCUGUGCUGUCAGGGAAGAAAAAAAUCCAUUGAUAGGAUAACCUGGUCAUUCAGUACAUUCAGGUUGUCAGCUGACUUCGUUUUAUUGCCACAUAAUGUUGCUGAGCCUAGACCAGACCAACUGAAGCAAUCCCAGAUCAUAACACUGCCUCCAGAGGCUUGUACAGUGGGCACGAUGCGUGACGGGUGCAUCACUUCAUGCACUACCCUUCUUACCCUGACACGCCCAUCGCUUUUGAAUAGGGUAAAUCUGGACUUGUCAGACCACAUGACCUUUUUCCAUUGCUCAACAGUCCAAUCUUUAUGCUCCCUAGAAAACUGAAGUCGUUUUUUCCGAUUAGCCUCAGUAACAAGUGGCUUUCUAGUGGCCACACAACUGUUUACUUCCAAUAAUGUAAGUUCUUGUUGCAUUGUGCAUGUGGAAAUGCUCUUACUUUAACUAUUAAACAUAGCCAAGAGUUCUACUGUCAAUUUUAUAUGAUGUGACCGCAAGCAUUUUAGUGAUCUACGAUCACGAUCAUUCAAGCUGACGGAUCACCACUAUCCUUCCAGGUUUUAAUAAUGUGUUGGUUCAGUUCUUAACACAUUUCCAGUGAUUUCAGCAAUCAUCUCCACCUCAACCAGUUGUUUUCUUUGCUUGAUGCAGGCCAAUAAUUUGCCCCUUCUGAAACACAGUAACAUCUUUUCCAGGACCACGGGAAACGUCUUCUGACAUGUUUAAGAAAUGAGAAGCUACACACUGCAUUAGUUAGGGUUAAAAGAAUUGUUGCCAGCUGAAACAUUAAUCACUGCAAUAAUGAUCCAAUCAUAGGCUAUUAAGUAUCUGCUUAUUUAAAUACAAACAGACACUUCUUUUUUGGCCAGGCAGUGUAAAAUAUACAGUACAGCAGCUGUCAGCAACAGCAACCUUUCUCUGUAAAUCAGUCAUUUUCAUAUUGUUUAAAAAAACAAAAAACAACAACACACACACACACACACACCAAAGUUGACCAUAUCAGCUCAACUACACUGAAAUUUCACCGAAAUUACAAAUAAGGUACAAAAUAUUUCAAGAUUAUUUGAGAUGCGUAUUUACCAAUGUCGUUUAAGUUUGCCAUAGUGCUGAACUGAAGAGCAAUCAGAAAUCAUGGAUCUGAACAGUCAGGCUUCCAGCCCAAAGAUUGCCUUUAACGGUCCAUGAAUCAGGCAAGGGAGUAUAAGGGAAAUUGUGUACAAUUGUGCAUGUUUUGUAGUCUUGAAAAAUCAUAUUCGGUAUAUGUGUUAAUUUCAUAGUGGUUUUGUAUCAACAGAUGAAAUCAACAGAAAUAAAUGUUUUCCAAAUGUAA